AUGGCUUCCGAGGGAUGUAUGGGCAACAUGCUCUGGGUGACUUUGGACAUAUUCCUGCAAAUCUGCAACACCCUCAUGCUCAGCGGUAUGGUCGGGCCAAAGCAGUGGAACCGGCCCAUGGACGCCUUUCGCCAGCUCGCGGACCUGUCUGGCUUCGGGUUCGCAUCUAAAAGAAUCGCUUUUCCGGGCUGCAUCAACGAGAAGGCCACCAAGUGCGUGGUGUCUUUCCCGGGCAAAUACAGUGAGCUAUGGGACGAGGCCGUGUCUACCGUGAAGGCCCAAGAUGUGAAUGCAGUGAAUGCAGGGGCGGAGGCUUGGUCUUUGGCCUGCGUCUUCUUGACGGAUGCCGCCUCAGGGCUAGGACGACAUGCCGAGAAUCCACACACGCCAGGAAAGUGUUGGUGCCAUAGCAUCUACGGUCAGAUUCCGCCCGAAGCCUACCUGAACAUAGUAGAGGUGAGACCAGAUGAGAUUGACACCCCAGCCUGUCGGCAAAUGCUCGCUUUCAAGCGGAGCGAUUCUGAUGCCAUGGGCCAACUCUUCGUCAUCAAGAGUGACCAGUCCGACAUGGAGUGGCAACAGCAACUUGCAGAGGCCAUGCAGAAGGCGCAGCAGCUUUGCAUUGAGAAAGAUGGACGAGCUCCGUGGGGCUGUCAGUGGUUUGAGGAGUGGAACAGGAACGUGGACCUAGCGGCGAAGCUGGAGCAGGAACUUCACGUCUUCUAUUUCGAAGACCGCAUCGGCCAAGGAAAGCUGCCCUGGGAGCAGCUCUGCGAUGAGGAAGCCAAGGAGACGGCUCGGCAGAACAGCGGUCUGGGCGCCUCCCAGACUGCAGAGGUGGCGUACCUCGAAAAGAUCGGCCUCCGUUUUGUGGAGCACGACAUCCGAGAAUUCAAGGCCUUCAUGGCUAAAGAGGCAUAA